AUGCCUCGCCGUAGUAGGAAUAAGGCCGGUCCUUCUCAUCAGUCGACCGAUCCGUGCUACGUGCCUCGAGAGAGACGACACUUUUCUGAUAUAGCUCGGGAGGGCAGCGGUCCUUCAAUCUUGAGGGGACGAGGGGUCAGGACUCACUGGCCCGAUUGGUUUCAUGAUCUGCAGCCUCUGUUUUUUGAGGUGUUGGAGCAUACUCCGCUCACCCACCUAUUUCGGGUUCGUCUGAGCAAGACGAACAUGUCCCUUUUAUCCGCCUUGACCAAACAGUGGUACCCUGAGACCCAUACUUUCCAGUUGCCUUUUGGGGAGUGGGGCAUCACUCCUUAUGACAUAUACAUGCAGCUGGGUCUUCGAUACGACGGAGGAUCUGUUCCUUUUGAGGAGGAUCAUCUAGUGCCUUCUGAGGAUGACUGGAUGGAGUUGCUAGGGAUGAUGCCGGAUACCAUAGAUUUUUUCGGUCACCGAUUCAAACUGCUUUGGCUAUCAUCGAAUUUUGCCAGGUGCAUCCCUGAGACUGAGGAUGUGGUCGUGAUAAAGGCCCGUGCUCUGAUUUUGUACACCAUAGGAGCGAUGAUCUUCUGCCAUGGGAAUGAGCUAGUGAGUUCCCGCCUGUUAUCGCUCGUGGUUGAUAUUACAUUUCCCACGCCAUACAAUUGA